ACAUGAAUCUUGGCUAUGCUAUAAACGUAGCCGACGCGCUAACAUAAUAAACGCGUUGUCAUUUAUUUGUGGUAACGCUGGCAUUUUUCUGCUAGCGUCUUUCAGUCUUGUUAGUUGUUUUUAAAGCUCAUUUUUUAUUUAAAAAAGGCGUAUUUUAACUGAAGAUGGGUGUCCCUGCGUUUUUCCGCUGGCUGAGUCGGAAGUAUCCGUCUAUAAUUGUACACUGCGUGGAGGAGAAGUCUAAAGAGUGCAAUGGAGUCCGCAUACCUGUUGAUACGACAAAACCCAACCCAAACGAGGUGGAGUUUGAUAAUCUCUAUUUGGACAUGAAUGGAAUCAUCCACCCAUGUACACACCCUGAAGACAAGCCUGCACCCAAGAAUGAAGAUGAAAUGAUGGUUGCAAUUUUUGAGUACAUUGACCGGCUCUUCAACAUCGUUAGACCACGAAGAGUUCUUUACAUGGCAAUCGAUGGUGUCGCUCCUCGUGCCAAAAUGAACCAGCAGCGUUCCAGGCGAUUCAGGGCCUCCAAAGAAGGAGUGGAGCUCACUGAAGAAAAAAAGAGAAUGAGGGAGGAAAUUUUUCAGAGGGGUGGUUACCUGCCUCCUGAAGAAAUAAAAGAGCGGUUUGACAGCAACUGCAUCACUCCGGGCACAGAGUUCAUGGACAACUUGGCCAAAUGUUUGCGCUACUACAUUGCAGACAGACUGAGCAAUGAUCCUGGAUGGCGGAAUGUCACAGUCUUUCUCUCUGAUGCCAGUGUUCCUGGAGAAGGGGAACAUAAGAUCAUGGAUUUCAUCAGGAGGCAGAGAGCUCAGCCCAAUCAUGACCCUAAUACACACCACUGUCUCUGUGGUGCUGACGCUGAUCUAAUUAUGUUGGGUCUGGCAACACAUGAGCCCAACUUCACCAUCAUCCGAGAGGAAUUCAAGCCUAACAAACCCAGACCAUGUUCCCUGUGUGGACAGAUUGGACAUGAAAUUAAAGAGUGCCAGGGUGUGGCCAGGGAGAAGAAAGGGGAGCAUGAUGAAUUUGCUGACACAGUGCCAGUAUCUGAGCAGGAGUUUAUAUUCAUUCGAUUGUCCGUACUGCGUGAGUAUCUGGAGCGAGAGCUGACCAUGGCCAGUCUGCCUUUUCCCUUUAACUUUGAGAGGAGUGUUGAUGACUGGGUUUUCAUGUGCUUCUUUGUGGGAAAUGAUUUUCUGCCCCACCUGCCUUCUUUAGAAAUCAGAGAGGGCGCCAUUGACCGGCUUGUGGGUAUUUACAAAGACGUUGUGCACAGGACUGGGGGAUACCUCACAGAAAAUGGUUAUGUCAACCUGGAGAGAGUGGAGCUCAUCAUGCAGGCUGUGGGAGUUGCUGAGGACAACAUAUUCAAGAAGCGUAAAGAGGAUGAGGAAAAUUUCAAAAGGAGAGCCAAGGAAAAAAAGAAACGAAUGAAGGCAGAAAGGGGUCCGGCAUUUGUCACGGGAGGUCAGUUUGCCCCUCAUGCAUUGGGAGGACGAGACCGGCCGAUGCCUGUGCACAACGCUCGCCAUACGGCAUAUGAUAUGAGAAUGCAGGGCAGCAACUACCAGCAGAACAAGGAUGCUGCCAAUUCUAUAAAAGCCAUGUUGAGAAAUGGGGGAAAGGAUUCCGCAGGGCCGAGCGACAGCAUGGACAGCCACGGUGUAAAGAGGAAAGCAGAAGACAGCGACAGUGAGCCGGAGCCUGAAGAUAACGUCAGGUUGUGGGAGGCAGGCUGGAAGCAGCGGUACUACAAAACCAAAUUUGACGUGGAUGAGACUGAUGAUGAAUUUCGUAAAAAGGUGGUCAAGGCUUAUGUGGAGGGCCUCUGCUGGGUUCUUAGAUACUACUACCAGGGCUGUGCAUCCUGGAAGUGGUACUUUCCAUUCCACUAUGCACCGUUUGCAUCCGACUUCAAAGAUAUCAAGGACAUGUUCUCAGAGUUUGAAAAAGGGACCAAGCCGUUCAAACCACUAGAGCAGCUGAUGGGAGUGUUUCCUGCUGCCAGUGGGAACUUCCUGCCACCAACAUGGAGGGAACUGAUGUCAGACCCCGAUUCCCCCAUCAUUGACUUCUAUCCCGAAGACUUUGCGAUCGAUUUGAAUGGAAAGAAAUAUGCCUGGCAGGGUGUCGCCUUGUUGCCAUUUGUUGAUGAACGCAGGCUGCGGGCAGCCUUGGAAAAGGUCUAUCCUGAUUUAAGUCCAGAUGAAGUCAGAAGGAAUAGUCUGGGCAGCGAUGUGGUUUUUGUGGGGAAAUCCCACCGUCUGUGUGACUUCAUCCAGGAACUCUAUAGAUCAGAAUCUCUUGAAAGCACUGAGAUUCCUCCAGAGCUGUGCUUUGGGAUCCAAGGUAUAUUAUCUCUUGAUGAAGAUCCUAUUCUACCAGAUAAACCUGUAGAAUCUCCAAUCCCCAUGCUGAGGGAUAUUCCAUGCAGCAGUGCAAUUGGAAUUAAGUUCAAGGAUCCACAGUAUGAAGACGGUUACGUGUUCAAGGCGGUCACCCUUCCUGGGGCGAAGUUUCCCCAUAAAGUGUUGAAGCCUGAUGACUGGGAAAGGUCUAACAGGCAACCAUGGAGACCCCAACUGGGCUUUAAUCCCAACCGCCAGCAGAUGCACCUGGACCAGUCUGCCUUCAGGACUCUGGGUCAUCAUACGAACAGUCAUCAACAAGGAGGUGGUCAGCAUGGCCACAGGCCCCCUCGAGUCGCCCCGAACAUGGGCGGGCUGUACAGCAAUGCCCCGCCCCCCAGUAUAUAUCACCAAGGGAACUAUCGGCCACCUCUCCGAGACCACCAGCAUUCCAGGCAGCAGGGAUUUCCGAGAAAUGCACUGCCAUCUCAUCCACAGCAGUACCCACGGCCUCAGCACAGUGCUCAUGGAUGGGAUCGUGCAAUGCAGGCUCAAGUCUCUGCGUAUCAGCACAACAUGCAGAGAGGUCGUGGAGGAGCAGGUGGUUUUCAGCAGCCCAUGCAACGCCGAGAUGAUCGCCGACCACAGGAGGGUUAUAAUUCGUCAAGGAGUUACGGCCUGCCUCCACCUGCAAGGCGCUACAACUGGAACUGAAUCAUUAGCCCUUUGUAAAGGAGAUCUCGGUGUCUCCCUCUCCUUUUUUCUCGAAAUGUAACUUGUUUUUGGUGGGCUGGUAAUUUGUUUUUAAAAAAAAAAGUGGGGGGGAAACUCUGGUUUUACUCAGUAUAACAGGUUUUUAUGUACUGAUUUUGUAAUUCCUGUUAAAUUUAAGAAAUACACAAGAAUGAAAUGCA